AAUAUUGCUAGUCAUUCCUAUUGGAAAAUCGUCAUUGCGAUCGAUUUUGCUUUUUUCACGCCUCUCUUUUUUUUAUUAUUUUUAUUUUACAUAAUUUUCUUUCUCCUAUUUAUUUUUGUCCUGUUAUUAAAAUUAUCUGUCUUUUACUAUAUUAUUCUCCAUUCUUGUCACACUCAUUCUGACCCACAGAGAGAACAAAUUUCACCUAUAUCUUGGAGUUUCCGAGGAGUACAACGCGCGGCGCCUUGAACUAGUACCGAACAGUCCGUGACUAACAUUUAGAGCUCGAGCUGCUUCUCAAGGGAGAACAACAAUUUUCACUGCACCAAAAAUCUAACUAGAGAAUGAAGUAUUCGCCACAACAACGACAACAGCAGCAACAGGAACAGGAAAAUUGCGAUAAAACACGAAAAUCCGUGAGCGAAAUGAAUUCAACGAAUGUGACACCAUCACGACGUGAUUUGACAGUGCACGAUUCAACGAUGGAUAAUAAUAAUAAAAAAUUACCGACUACUCGACGAUUUAAUUGUCGUCCGGGAAUGUUCGCUUGGAUGAGGGUAUUUCGAUUUGCAACAAUUCUUCAGCAAGUUGAAUGCUAGUCAACAAGAGAGAAGUAAAAAAAAGGAAACAUGACAUUUAACAAUUAAUGUCAGUUAGCUGCAUUUAUAAUAUGUAUAAAAAGAAAAUGAAAAAUUUGCAAAUUUACAAGCGCGGGCGCCUGUAUAAAUGCACACUGCCAUAUACACGUGCACACGUGCGCCUACGCAUUUCCAUUAUAGAGCGUUCUCGCAGCUGUGCAUUCGAUUUGCAGAUCGUUAGGGUGUUUGCGCUGGCCACAAAUCUCUCCUUUCUUUUUAAAUAAAUAGGAGCAUUGCAUUUUUUUUAAUUUUCUUCUCUUUUUUUAUUUUUUUAUUAAUAAAAAACGUGUUUUUUUUAAAAUUAUUUUUUAUUAUUUUCCUUGAAAGAAUUGUAUUUUUAAUUAGUUUUCUAAUUUUUUUCAAUCAGAAACAUUAAAUUUUCGUUGAAGUAUUUGAAUAAUUGAAUGUUUCGUUGAGUAAUAAACAAUAGACUGGGAAAUUGAAAGCCCUUUGUUUGAAAGAAAAAAUAACGCCGUUGUUGGUAGAAAUCAAAGUUUAGAUGACAAUCGACAAUUGUUUGUUAGUAUAAAUUAUUAAUCACGUUUAUUGAAAAUUGUACAAUUAUUUUCUUUUGAAAAAUGUUGAAGAUUACAUAGACUCAAAACUGUUGGCACUCUGGUUCGAUAGGAUAUUGAGAAUAUUUAUAUUUUUCUGUUGAAAUUAAAUAAGCUGCGCUUAUAUUAAUUAUUAAUAUAUUCCUAACGAGAAAAUAUUUCACGAAAAGUUAUAUUUUAAUUUUUUUUAUGAAUUUAUCUAAAUAUUUAAUUUAAUUUUUCUUU